ACAAGGAAAUAAGCACAGAAUAAGUCAUUAUAUGCAACCAGCGUCCAAGUCCUGGUAGUCAAGGGAGGAGAGUGAUUCAAGAAUGAGGGAAUAAUCAAUGCAGCAAUGAAAAUUGAAGGCCAAGUUUCAUAAGAGCUGAAAAUCCCCACUGGAUUUGGCACUUGGAUCCCUGGGUUUUCCUCUGCGCAGGUCUUCGCGCGGGACCUCAAAGUGCGUGCCCGCUUCCCUUCCCUGCAGCACUAAAGACAAACCUGGCGGGUCCCCUGGAGCGGUCCCAGGCGCGCGCGCUCGGGAGCCCACGGGCCACACCCGCCUCCUAGCAACCGGACCUCAGGUUCAGCCUAGAGAGAGAGGAGGCCACCAUGGACCAGCCAGCCAUCGCCACCGCUUCCACCUCAAUAAGGGAAGACCUGGUGGGUGGAGAAUCAUUCAUCACAGCCUCGAAACCAGCCCGAAAGACUUCCUCUUUUGAAAGAGAAGGAUGGUGGAGAAUAGCAUUAACAGAUACUCCUAUACCUGGCACUUACCACUUGAAAACUUUUAUUGAAGAAUCCCUAUUAAAUCCAGUGAUAGCAACCUACAAUUUUAAAAACGAAGGAAGGAAAAAGCCACCUCUUGUGCAAAGAAACAAUCCAGUCCUAAAUGAUCUUCCGCAGUAUAUGCCUCCUGACUUCCUGGACCUGUUAAAGAAGCAAGUGGCUACUUACUCAUUCAAAGACAAACCACGGCCAAGCCCCAGCACACUAGUUGACAAAGAUCAGUCACUUCAGCUUUCUCCGGGGCAAUACAACGUGCUUCCUGCACCAGUUCCCAAAUAUGCUUCCAGGAGCUGUGUAUUUCGCUCAACAGUUCAAAGAUUCCCAACAACCUAUUUUAUUCCCGUAAGUAUAAUGUAGACAGUUAACUCAUGAUGAAUUUGAUGUUUAAAAUACGCUGUGCUUUCUGGAGUGGAGCAAGGUGGCCACAUAGAACCCUCCAGUGAUCGUUCCCCCUAGCAGGAACACCAUUAUCCACACAAUUAUCCACAAUUAUCCACACAAGAAAACACCUCUGUAAGAACCAAAAAGCAAGUGUGGGAUCGCAAUACCAGGUUUUAACAUUGUAUCAAGGAAAGAGGCACUGAAGAGGGUAGGGUAGAAAAGACAGUCUUGAAUUACUGACACUACCCUCCCCCAUCCCCUGGCAGCAGCCACGUGGCAUGAAGAGAGAAUCUGCCCUUGGGGAAGAGGGAAUGCCGUGACGGGGGGUCUUUGCACAGGAACACCGUGCUGCCUGUCACAGGGAAAGCAACACAGGACAGAAUUCAGCUAGUGCCCGUGGAGGGAGCAUUUAGACCAGCCCUAGCCAGCCAGGAAUUGCCCAUCCCAGCCGUUCGAUACUGAGUUCCAGCUCUCCCUACCACUGUGGGCUGAAGUGCUCUGAGGUCCUAAAUAAGCUUGAAAGGCAGUCUAGGCCACAAGGACUGCAAUUCCUGGGCAAGUUCGGGUGUUCUGCUGGGCUCAGAGGCAGUGGACUUAGGGUACACAAGACCUAGUGAGACACCAGCUGGGGCAGCCAAGGGAGUGCUUGUAGCAGCCAUCCCCCAGCCCCAGGCAGCACAGCUUGCAGCUUCAAGAGAGAGGCCUUCCUUUUGCUUGAGAGGAGGAGAGGGGAGAGUAAAGAGGACUUGUCUUGAAUCUGGAUACCAGCUCAGCCACAGCAGAAUAGGGCACCUCAGGCAGAGUCCUGAGGCCCCCAUACCAGGCCCUAGCUCCCAGACAACAUUUCUAGACACAUCUCUGGCUGGAAGAGAAUCCACUGCCUUAAAGAGAAGGACCCAGUUCUGGCAAGAUUCAUCACCUACUGACUAAAGAGCCCCUUGGGCUUCGAAUAAACACCAGCAGUGGCCAGACAACACUCACUGCAGGCCUUAGCCAGUGCUGUGCUGCUUCAGGUGUGAUCCAGCACUUUCCCAGCUACAGUGGUCACAGAGAGAGACUCCUGCUUGAGGAAAGGAGAGGGAGGAGUAAAGGGGAUUUUGUCUUGCAGCUUGGGUACCAGUUCGGCCACAGUGAAGUGGAGCACCAAGCAGGCUCCUGGGGUUCCCAAUUCCAGGCAUUGGCUCCUGGAUGUCAUUUCUGGACUCCCACUGGGCCAGAGGGGAGCCCACUGCCCUGAAGGGAGAGACCCAGGCCUGGCAGCAUUCCCCACAAGCUGACUGAAGAGCCUUGAGUGAACAUUAGUGGUAUCCAGGCAGUACUUGCUACAGGCCUGAGUGGCAUAGAGAGAUUCUUUCUGCUUGAGGAGAGGGGAGGGACGAGUGGAAAAACUUUGUCUUCUGGCUUGGGUGCCAGCUUAGCUGCAGUAGAAUAGAGUACCCAAUAAAUUCCUAAGUUUCCUGACUCCAGGCCCUGGCUCCCAGAUGGCAUUUCUGAUCUGCACUGGGCCCAGGGGGCAGCAUGCUGCCUUGAAGGGAAGAGCCUUUGGGCCUUGAGUGAACAUGGGCAGUAGCUAGGCAGUAGUUACUGCAGCCCUUGGGUGAGACCCAGUACCAUGCUGGCUCUGACCCAGUGCAGUCCCAGGGAUAUUGGCCAUAGAGGUGCUUGUGUCACCCCUCCCUCAGCUUUAGGCAUCUCAGCACAAAGAGAGACUUCGUUUGUUUGGGGGAAGGGAAGGGAAGAGAACCAGAGUCUCUGCCUGGUAAUCCGGGGAACUCUCUCAGAUCUUAUCCAAGACUACCAAGGCAUUACCUCUACAAGUCUACCAGAAUCACAGCAAUUACUAGGCUUGGGGUGCCCUCUAAUGCAGACACAGCUAUGGUGACCAAGGACAGAUUACAGCACUUAAUUCCCUUUGAAUACUUGGAGAGCCUUCCCAAGAAGGACAGGUACAAACAAGACCAGCUGCAAAGACUCCAAUAAACACCUAACUCUACAAUGCCCAGACAUCGGCAAACAUAGACAGGUAUCAAGACCAUCUAGUAAAACACAACCUCACCAGUCGAAUUAAAUAAAGCACGAGUGAUCAAUCCCAGAGUGACACAGAUAUGUGACCCUUCAGACAGACACCUCAAAAUAGCUGUUUUGACAAAGUGCAACAAAAUUUAAGAUGACACAGAGAAUGAAUUCAGAAUUCUAUCAGAUAAAUUUAGCAAACAAAUCAAAAUAAUUUUAAAAAAUCAAGCAGAUACUCUGGAGCUGAAAAAUUCAAUCGACAUGCUGAAGAAUACAUCAGAGUCUCCCAAUAGCAGAACUGAUCAAACAGAAGAAAGAAUUUGUGAGCUUGGAUGGGGUGCAGUGGCUCAUGCCUAUAAUCCCAGCACUUUGGGAGGCUGAGGCAGGCAGACGGCUUGAGGCCAAGACUUCAAGACCAGUCUGGCCAACAUGGCAAAAGCUUGUCUCUACUGAAAAUACAAAAAGUAUCUGAGUGUGGUGGUGCACGCCUGUAAUUCCAGCUACUUGAGAGGCUGAGGCAUGAGAAUCGCUUGAACCUGGGAGGUGGAGCUUGCAGUGAGCCAAGACUGUGCUGCUGCACUCCAGCCUGGGCAACAGAGUAAGACUCUGUCUCAAAAAAAAAAAAAAAAAAAAAGAAUUAGUGAGCUUGAAGACAAGCUAUUUGAAAAUACAGUCAAAGGAGACAAAAGAAAAAAGAAUGAAGCAUGCUUACAAAAUCUAUAAAAUAGCCUCAAAACGGCAAGUCUAAGAGUUAUUGGCCUUAAAGAGAUAGAGAGAGAGAUUGAAGUAGAAAGUUUAUUCAAAGGGAUAAUAACAGGGACCGUUCCAAACCUAGAGAAAAAUAGAAAUAUUGAAGUACAAGAAGGUUAUAGAACACUAAGCAUAUUUAACCCAAAUAAGACCACCUCAAGACAUUUAAUAAUCAAACUCCCAAAAAUCAAGCACAAAGAAAGGACCCUAAAGCACAAGAGGAAAGAAGUAAAUAACAUACAAUGGAGCACCAAUACAUCUGGCAGCAGACUUCUCAGUGGAAGCCUUAUAGACCAGGAGUGAGUGGCAUGACAUAUUUAAAGUGCCGAAAGAAAAAAACUUAUCCUGGAAUAGUAUAUUCAGUAAAAAAUCCUUCAAAUGUGAAGGAUAAAUACUUUCCCAGACAACCAAAGCUAAGGCAUUUCAACACCAGACCUGUCCUACAAGAAAUGCUAAAAGGAGUUCUUCAAAUUCUGAAAGGAAAGGACAUUAAUGAGC